GCCGGCCGCCGGAUCGAGUGUUUCGCGCAUGCGCUGUGCCGCCUAACCAACGAACUGUCAUUUCGAACGUAAAUAAACAAGUGAAUUGUUCAGUGUCUGAAUUAUAUUUAGUGUGUGUUGAAUUACAUAUGAAACAAUUACAUGUUCUAAUAAUAUAAUAACAUUAGUUUCGAAUAAAGCCAAUUUGUGCAGCGAUUUUGCGAAUUUAAUCGAAGUUAUGUACUGAAGAAGAUAAAGAAAAACUUAACAAUAAUGCAUCUUCAAACUGUUCUAAUUUUAAGCGCCUUAUUUCUCUGUGAUGCGAAACUGCCGAGGUUUAAACAACACACGCAACCCAAUGACCUACCAUCGAAUACCGCACAGAACUCACAAUCAUCACGAAUUUUACAAACAGGAAACAAAAACGAGAAAACGAGUCGAAUAGUCGAUCAAUAUAGAACACGACAUAGAAGAGAAUCAUAUGCCUCGAAUUCAUACGAAUCGGGUUUAAUAUGGGCGCAUGCAGAGAGGCUGGAUGAGAACGGUGACGUCAUUUUGCGGUGGGUUAAUACGGAUUCGACUAUAACGUUCAGAUUAGAAGCGAGAACCCGUGGUUAUGUCGCUUUAGGAUUCAAUUCGGCGAGAAAUAUGAGAGGGGCGGACUUGGUUGUCGCUUGGGUGGACGACAGAUACGGCAACGCUCAGAUCUUGGACUGUCACGGACUAGCGUUCGAUGACCGGGCGGUUGCGGACGAAGUGCAGAACUACGAGAUGGUAUUAGGCUUUCAAAACGACACGCACACAAUCGUGGAAUUUAGAAGACAGCUGGACACGUGUGAUCGACAGGACUUCGUUAUUGGUGAAGACACAACCCAAAUUUUAUGGGCGCUUGGACCAGAAGGCUCGGACGGUGAACUUCCAAAACAUGUUGAGAGUGGUUCUCGACCUCUGCGAUUAUUGCAGCCACUGCCCAAACCAGACACUAUACCACUAAAACAUUGGGACGUUAAAAUUAACAAUCUGACAAUUCCUCAUGUCAUGGCAACAUUAUUUUGGUGCAAAGUUUUUAAAGCGCCUGAAUUAACAAAGAAGCACCAUAUAGUUGGCUACCAACCUUUAAUAGAUAGUAGACCAAUCAGAAAUGGAAAACCAGUCCAAGAAAAGAACAGUCUUUCUCCUGUCCAUCAUAUGGUAUUAUAUGAGUGCGCUGAAGACCAUGAUAAGCGGCAAUGGAAUGAGUGGUCUGAAAGUUCUGGAUUUUUUGGACCAGCUCGACCGGGAGAGUUGGCGACAUGUGUAACUCCCAUUGCAGCUUGGGCUAUGGGUUCUAAGGGUGAAUUCCUGCCUGAGAACGUUGGCAUCCCGCUAGGCGAGAAAGGAGGAGUCUCCUACUAUAUGCUUGAAGUUCAUUACGACAAUCAAGCGCUUCAUGAAGUUUUAGAUAGUUCUGGCAUCCGUAUCCACUAUACACCAGCUUUACGAGCGCAUGACGCCGCGCUCUUGGGUGCUGGUGUGGGUGUCUCCGCGCUACACGUCAUACCGCCGAAACAGAACGCGUACAGAACUGUGGGGAUAUGUAGUCCGGAGUGCACCAAUAGCACUAUGCCAGAAGAUGGAAUAAAUAUUGUAUCAGUCCUGCUACACGCUCACGGUACCGCGAGAAAAAUUUCACUCAAGCACAUACGGGGCACCGAAGAACUACCUAGAAUAUCUGAGGAAAACGCUUAUGACGCUCGCUAUCAACAAUCCCGAAUAGUUCCAGGUGGGAGAAAAUUCUUUAAAGGCGACACUUUAAUCACAGAAUGUACCUACGAUACUACAUCCAGGGAUAAACCUAUCUUGGGAGGAUAUUCAGCAUCACAGGAAAUGUGUCUGUCGUUCAUAUUAUACUAUCCACGGACCGAAUUAGCUGGCUGUUAUUCUAUGACUCCAGUUGUUGAAUUCUUCGAGACAUUCGGCGUUCAAGAGUUCUAUGGAUUGAAUAUGAUGCAGGUUGAGAACAUAUUUUUGUCUUCAGGUUAUGUAGAAAACUUGCCAACGGAAUUGGAAGCGAUUAUAAGAGAUCAUAGUGCGGAAGAGACGGCUAUGCAAGGAGACGACCAAGGCGUUGGUUUGAUGAAAGACUUAGUAAUUAAAGAACCCUUAGAAUUCCGCAAUAAGACAUUCAUGGCGCACUUGAACGAGAUGCCUUGGCACGAGCCGCUAUUAACCGAACAAAUAGAAAAGACCCUGUACCGAGGAUGGCAUAUGACUUUCUGUAAGAAAAGAGACGAUAGUUGGGGAGCGCCUAUCCAGAUACAAAAUUAUCCGAAUUACACCGAAAUAACAAGCAACGAUGCUUCAGAGAAGUCGUGUAACUAUAAGAGCGUGAGAUUACACUCAAAAACGAAUACGACGGGUUCGUCCACGAUAAAUAAAUUACAAUCCGCCAUCUUGGCUGUUUGGAUCUUGGUAAUAAUCGCGCGGUAAUAAAAAGAAAAAGAAAACAAAUUAUUAUGUUGUUUUAGUUUUUGAGUUUUUAUCGCGAGAACUUAUUCAGUUGUUUUGGAAUAAUUUCCGCUC